AUGACAAAGCCUUAUGGCCAAAUCCUACAGGAAAAAGAUGAUAGUGGACAACCUUACAGCAGUACACACUCUUAUACUUCACCUGCCACGACAACUCUAAAAUUAAUUCUGAGUGGUUGGCCAAAACUACUAACAUGGGUUCCUGAAUCCUGCUGUUUGAUCCUGGCUGGUAUCACUGUGGGAAUCAUUUUCUAUCUGACAGAAACGACAGUUUUGUCACCACUUUCGUCUACCAUUUUCUUUUUUUGUAUGUUGCCACCCAUCAUAUUUGAUGCUGGCUUUUUUAUGCCCAAUCGGCCGUUUUUCGACCACCUUGGUACUAUUCUUCUGUUUGCCGUGAUGGGGACAAUUUUCAACACCGUUUGUAUAGGUAUGAGUCUUUGGGCGUGCGGUUUGUCUGGCAUAUAUGGUUUUGAGAUAUCUUUACUGGAAACACUGAUAUUUUCAGCUCUAAUAUCAGCGGUAGAUCCUGUAGCCGUAUUAUCCGUUUUCGAAGAAAUUCACGUCGAUAAAGUUCUCUAUAUUAUUGUUUUUGGAGAAUCGCUUCUCAAUGAUGCUGUCACUGUGGUUCUGUAUAACAUGUGCGACUCUUACAUCUCUCUUGGUCCGGAGAAUAUUGAAACCAUUGAUGUUUUAUCCGGUUUCGCCUCUUUUUUAGUUGUGGCUUUAGGUGGAACAACUAUUGGCAUCUUUUGGGGUUUCUUGACCGGUUUUGUCACCAAGUACACCCACCGUGUUUUGGUUAUCGAACCCAUAUUUGUUUUCAUCAUGAGCUACGUCGCGUAUUUGAAUGCAGAAGCGUUUCAAAUGUCUGGCAUUCUUUCGAUUAUGUUUUGUGGAAUCACCAUGAAGAAUUAUGUAGCAGAAAACAUGUCAAGCACUUCACUAACCACCGUCAAAUGUGGUUUGAAAGUGCUUAGCAACGGCUCAGAGUCAAUUAUUUUCGUGUUUUUGGGUAUCAGCACUGUCAACGACAACCAUGAAUGGAACACCGCGUUCAUUCUACUUACCAUAUUUUUUUGUUCGCUCUAUAGAGCACUUGGUGUCGUGAUUUUGACGGAAUUAGCGAAUUACUUCCGCCUUCAUCAACUCAAUCGAGUGGAAAAGUUUGUUAUGUCUUAUGGUGGAUUGCGUGGAGCUAUCGCCUUCGCUCUGGUCCUCCUCAUCGAUCCAAAUCGCAUCCCACGUCAGCCUCUUUUCGUAACUGCAACCAUAUCUGUUGUUUUUUUCACCGUUUUUGUCCAGGGCAUCACCAUCAAACCGCUAGUAGAAUUCCUAAAAGUAAAACGCGAAGAAAAAUGGGAAAAAACAAUGAAUGAACGUCUACAUGAAAAGAUGCUUGAUUAUACGAUGGCUGGCGUCGUCGAUAUUUUAGGACAAUUAAGUAGCAAUAAAGUUCGCGAUAAAUUCAAACAGUUGGAUUACGCUUACAUACGUCCACAUCUGAUUCGCGAAAAGAAGCACCAUGAACCUAAGAUCCUUGAAACAUAUUCGAAACUAACUCUGCAGGACGCAAUAGAAUUUGCGCGUCGUAAUCCUUCAAGCUGGAUGGUACAUGGAACAAAUUCUUUUGCAAAUUUUAUCAAUAAUGAAGCCGUUACGAACGUACCACCGGCGAACCUUUCUGAAAGUGUAGUCAAUAUUGAUUUGGGUGAAUUAAAUUUCACGCCGUCGACAAAGGAUCUUUGGGAUGCUGAGAUACAUCAUACAGUCCUAGAUAGGAUUUGGACGUCGCGCAGAAGCAAAGGAGAUGACACAAACAGCGACCAGUUGAAAAAUCAUUCCAAAAGAAGGAGAUCUAUGGGAUCUGGAGCUUCCCAUAAGCAACGCUCCAAGAAAGAGAAAUCGGUCGAGGCACACCAUGAAAUAAGAAAUCGGCAACGUUCAGCCCCAACAGAUGCGGAAGAUAUGAAAAUUAGAAUGGCUGCAAACCAUGACGAAGAAGGAGAGGAGGAGGGCAUUUCGUUCACUGUUAACCCAGAUAUUUAUGAAAAAUUAACCUCUGAUGAAACGGCCACUGUUCAAGAGAUGUCACUUCCCUGGAAGACAGACAAUGGUCCACCGCAACAGAGGGAUUAGAAAUAGUUCAAACUGUAAACUCGGAGUUCCUUAGGUUCAGCCAUCAACUUUAAUAGUUUGAUAGUUCUGUAACAUACCGGCAAGUUCAGCAUUCUAUCGUCGGCUCUAAUGAUGGGUUGCGGUUUAUUGAUUCACGAGCUGAUUAGCACUUAAAUCAACAGAUCUCAUUCUUGUUUUGCGUAGAAGAGGUAUUUGACGUCUUCAUUGCUGGAAUUACCAAUUCGAGAAAGUUGUACGCCGAAGUUUACCAUUCGGGAAUGCUAAGAAGUAGCUUUGGAAAAACAUACUAUGUCGAUUCCAAAGACGGGACUUGGAAAUCAGAGUAUCCAGUGGGCGACGAAAUCGGUAGAAUUUUGAAAAUGAUAGGUUUGGUGCUGGCCGUUACGUGUGCAAUCAGUUUUGUUCUGAUUCCACUUACCGUCGCAGUUGUGGUUUGCUGCUGCCAGCAAUCUUCAGCCUCCGGCACUCGCUCACCAUCUUACUCUUCACUUCACCAAACAACAAAUGGCAACAGCGGAAAGGAUUAUUCAAAAAGACAAAGCAGACGCGCUUCAUGCGGGAAAACUUAUCUAAUUGGUGUGCUGUUCGGUAUACCUGCUGGCAUUGUUGUUGGAAUAAUUGCAGGUGUCAACACAUGGCCUUACUUGUAAGAAUACAAAGUAAAAAAAAACUAGUAUGACCGAGUGUGACAGUCACUUGAACAACAAAAACUCACCAUUAUGUGAACAUGACCUGCACAUUUUUGGUAACCUAUACCUCUAACCGAUUUUUAAUUAUUAACCAUAAUUAUUGUUUCAAAUCAAUGUUAAGUUUGCCUGUAUAAUUGAAAUUAAUGAAACAGUGUAUGCUUCAUCCUUGAAGUUUUUUUAAACUGACUGUCUUCAUUGCUUUGAGGCUUAGUUAAGCCUUUAGAUCAGCCUUGUGUUAGUACCUGUUUGUUUACUUACUACAUGCACUACACUAGGCUAGUAAACCACUUUUCAUUUUCCAAUUUUAAAAUGUUGGGUUUUUAUCAUUGGGUGUUGGGGGAGAGGACGUUGGCUGUGAAUUCACGAUUAUUACAGGAUGUCGGGAGUUUUUUUUUUUGCAACGUCACGUCCUUGUUGCCAGCCCGUUAUUAUUUGGCAUUCCUUCUUCCUUGAUUGUGGGCUGUAUUAUGCUUGGUCAUACUUCUGACACACAAGCAUAAAACACAACAUUUAUGGAGAGAUGACUCCUAAAAAGACAGCUAUAGGGUAACAAAGGAGGCACAAAUACAGUACAGUUAAUACGAGUUAAUAUUGGAAUCGAACAUCACAUAAUUACAUAGGUUAAAGAAAUAUUUAAUUGUACAAAUUAAAUAAUUUUGACGUAUUUUUGUUAAAUAUCAUGUACUAAUCCUGCGGAAACGACACCUUAUCCGAAGAUGCCGAAUAAAAACUAGGCUUGUUUUGUGAACUGGAUGGAUAGUAGGUAGGACUGUUUGGAAUUUCUUGAAUCGAGCCUUGGACAGUAAUUGGGCGAUACGAGUUUUGACCGGAAUAACUCGAUGACGGCUGAUAAUUUGAAGUCUGUGGUUUGUUAUAUGUCGAAGAAUACACCGGAGGUUUGUAACUGCCCGAAGACGGUUUGUAGGAUGAUGACUGGUCGUAUCCUUGGGCAUUGACAACGACGGAAUCAUAACCUUCCUGAGACCCCACAGAGCUGCUAGGGACUUUGCUGAGCUGCUACCGGGCUGGGAUUAAAGGACGAUCCUGCACUAGGAUUAAAGGAAGAUCCUGUACUGGGAUUAUAAGACGAUCCUCCGCUGGAAACUGGACUGUACGAAGGAUUCCCAAUGACGGGAGCCACCGAGCCAAACGGGUCAGGAAUAAGACUGGACGGACGAUGACCUAACUGCUGGUGGGUUACCACGUAUUACGCACUCCAUAUGGCCCUAGAAAACAGAUCGCUACGGCAAACAAGCUAUGGUUUCAAAAGAAAUUACGUGAAAGCCAUCAUUUGCUUCCCAGACAAUUCAAAGUUACGAAAACCAUGAACCGUAUGAAAGGUACUUCCCCUUCCAUCUAAGUGAAAAUAGAAAUGGUGUCAUACACUCACCGUGGAUCGUUCUCAGGUAGUUUAUACUUGACUUACUUCUGUGCGCGUACAACAAGUCAUUCUUAUUUCUAGUUUUACUCUAGCUCUAAUUGUGACUAAUUCCCCCUCCAAAUAAACCUUGACGUGGAAGCAGAGGUCUGAAUGUGACCCAAAAAAAUAGCCCAGCAGGGAAUGAAAGUACGCUCAAUUAGCUAAAAGCUAGAAUCUAUAACAGAUGUUCCCUUGGCACGUGCGUUUGAUAGAUCACUGCACCACAAUCGACUGGUUUUGAUGAUAACGUUUUUGCGUGCAACAAAGCUCUCUCUUAUAGCAAAAAAAAAUCGUUUCAUUUAUUUACAACUAUUCUCCAUUAGAUUACUAAUUCCAAUGGCAAUCAACGGUGAAAUUUUGGAUAUAGAUCCGGUUCCAGUGCUUUGAUGCAACUUGAACCUGUUUGUUGGCUUGAAUAGCCGAAACGUUUCGUUAGAAACCGAACUAGUUUGCUCUCCUCGGGAAUUCAAAAUUAUUUGGUUUUUUAUGAAACACGACAGAAAAAUAACAAAUAAGAUUUGAAGGAAUUUCUUUUUACACAAGGAUUGGCUAUCGGAUUUCUUUAGACACCAUGCCGUAGUAGCGCUAUGUUUCGUCAAUAAUAAAAAACGUGCUGUUCCACUAUAUCGUGCUGCGUGCGUAAACCUCAUCCAAUCUGAAAUUGACGGUGUCCAGUAGUUGAUGGACUGUGGCUUUAUUGGCAAACGGAAUCUAAAAUCAUUUAGUGUACGAAUUCUAUAAUUGCUGUAGUAAAAGGGGCUAGGAUAAUUGUACAAAUUCGUUUUCGAUAAAAACCAAUACAUAGACUACACACUGA